AUGUCGGUACCAAAGUUGAAUUCCGCUUCGCACGACCGCCUUCCAACAAAGACAAGCCUCUCCCCAAUCUCUCCGGCCUACGCGCAGGUUCUCCGAAACAGAUACCAAAAAAGCGAAUACAGCUAUUUCCUACCAGCAAUCCCCCAUUCUAGAACCAGCACUCUCCCCAAGGAAGAGUGCAGGAUGACUGGAAAACGGCACCGACCAGAGACUCCUCCUCGACGCUGGAAAAGUGAAGUGAACAUGGGACUGCAUAUACCUGUUUCCGCCUCAAAUCCGCGAGGUCUCAUGGUUGGGAACACACUAGAAAGGCACGGGAUGGAAGAAAUAUAUUGCCAAGAAAGCAACACUUUCCCGAAAUGUCUAGGAAUGAAGAGAAUGUACACAGAAUCGCACCUGUACCCGCAAUACGGCGAUUUGAAGAGCAGAAUGUUCAAACAGCGUCUUCCUCCGCCCAUCCCGGACGGGCCGAGGCUCAGUCGCGCAAGAUUGGAGGUUAUGAAGCAACAAGAUGCGAAAUACAAUCGGGAAAAGGAAGAAGCGCUGCUUAAUGGGAUAUCGGAUAACAGAGCAACACACGGAGAGGAUAGGUGGAAUGCACUGCCCUUUGACAUUGAGCUCGAUGAAAUAAGGAACAGGCUGCCAGCUGAGGAAAAGAAGGCUGUUGUCCAACUAGGCUGCAAUCGAGUAGAGCAGGUAUCGCCACUGGAAUUGGAAAUCAAAGAGCGGUUAGAGAUUAUUGCAGUAGAGCGGAACGCACGGAGGGAUGCCUUCCGGAAACACACUAGGCAAGGGAGGGUAAGACAGUGUACAAGAAAGACUACAUAA